GCAGCAUGCAAAAUGGCGGACGAUGUUGAACGAUUCUACAGGUUUCCUGGGUUGUCUUCUGGACGACAUGAUGUAACGAUUUCUGAGUUAAAAUCGGCGUCUGCUAGGUUGGAUGUAACAGAUCUAUCGACAGAAAUAUGUUUUAACGUAAGUAUACAAGGAAACAACAAGCUAGACGAGGCUGAAUCGAAGAAUUUGCUGUGGUUGUUGACGAACUCUUUCGAAGUGGAAAAUGUUGGUCGAAGGUCGUUUUUGGAUGAAUCUGAAGCCCCAGAACUCGGUUACAAAGUAAUGAUUGAAAUUGGACCGAGGCUUAAUUUUUCAACAGCUUGGUCGACAAACGCAGUCUCUAUUUGUCGUUCGAUUGGUUUGGAAAGGAUCGACCGCAUCGAAAAAUCAGUUCGAUAUUUGAUUCAUGUCACACCUAAAGACAGGACUGACACGGAAGGCAUCACGAAAGACGAGGAGAAUGCGCUUGUCGCUAAGCUUCACGACAGAAUGACCGAAUGUCGUUAUGAGAAGCCACUGACGAGUUUUAGAGUGAAUGUCAAACCAGAGAGAUGCUAUGAAGUUGAUUUAAUAGCCGAGGGCCGUACGGCUUUGGAAAAAGUGAACCGGGAUCUUGGACUUGCAUUCGACGAGUGGGAUCUGGAUUACUACACUAAAUUAUUCCAAGAGAAAGUGAAAAGAAAUCCAACCAGUGUGGAAUGUUUUGAUUUGGCUCAAUCAAACAGUGAGCAUUCACGCCAUUGGUUCUUUAAAGGAAAAUUGACAGUUGAUGGACAGGAUGUGGAAGACUCCUUGUUUAAAAUGGUGAUGAAAACACAGGAAACAAGCAACAACAACAACGUUAUUAAAUUUAGUGACAAUAGCAGUGCGAUUACUGGUUUUGAGGUCUCCUUGCUUCUUCCCCAAGAUUGUAAGAAAGCUGCCAAGUUUCAAAUGAAGCACAAGUGUCUGAGGCACAUCAUCUUCACUGCUGAAACACACAACUUUCCCACAGGUGUGGCACCAUUCCCAGGAGCGACUACUGGUACAGGAGGGAGGAUCCGAGAUGUUCAGGCUGCUGGUCGUGGGGCACAUGUUGUUGCUGGUACAGCUGGAUAUUGCUUUGGCAAUCUUCAUAUUCCAGGUUAUGAACUUCCCUGGGAAGAUGCAGAAUUUGUGUAUCCAAACAACAUGGCUCCUCCUGUUGAGAUUGCAGUAGAGGCCAGUAAUGGAGCAUCAGAUUACGGCAAUAAAUUUGGAGAACCAGUCUUGGCUGGGUUUGCCAGGUCAUUUGGUAUGAUGCUACCAAACAGACAGCGACGUGAGUGGGUCAAACCAAUCAUGUUCAGUGGUGGUAUUGGUAUGAUUGAUGGAGAGAAUGUGACUAAACUGCAGCCUGAGAAAGGAAUGGAAGUUGUCAAAGUUGGUGGGCCUGUGUAUCGUAUUGGAGUAGGAGGUGGUGCUGCGUCAUCAAUUCAGGUUCAAGGAGACAAUGAAUCAGAGUUGGACUUUGGUGCUGUUCAACGUGGUGAUGCUGAAAUGGAACAGAAACUUAAUAGAGCCAUCAGAGCCUGUAUUGAGAUGGGGUCUGACAACCUGAUUUGUAGUAUACAUGAUCAGGGUGCUGGAGGAAAUGGUAAUGUUCUUAAAGAGAUAUCGGAACCAGCAGGGGCUGUUAUUCGAGUGAAAGACUUCAUUCUUGGUGAUCCAACCAUUUCUGUUCUGGAGCUGUGGGGUGCUGAGUACCAGGAGAGCAAUGCCUUGUUGGUGCGUGCCCAAGACAGAGACCUGCUUCAACAGAUAUGCGAUAGGGAGAAGGUGCCAGUGUCCUUUGUAGGGGAAAUAACAGGUGAUGGGAAAAUUGUGCUUGAAGAUGAACCUCAUACUGACUCAAAGAAUGGGCCUUGUUCAGAGGAAAAUGGCGUCCCAAGCAAAAGACAGAGAAUAGCCACACAUCCUGUGGACCUUGAACUUGAAGUUGUACUCGGCAAAAUGCCAAGAAAGGUUUUUAAGUUUGAACGUGUAAAGUCGAAGUUAGUUCCAUUAUGUAUACCACCUGAACUCACAGUCAAAGAAAUGCUGGAAAGAGUUUUACGUCUGCCAGCUGUUGCCAGUAAGAGAUAUCUUACGAAUAAGGUUGACCGCAGUGUGACUGGUCUGGUUGCCCAGCAACAAUGCGUGGGUCCCUUACAUACCCCUGUGGCCGACGUGGCGGUUACCGCGCUGACGCAUUUUGACACUGUGGGCUCAGCAACCGCAAUAGGGGAACAACCAAUCAAAGCUCUCGUUGACCCAGGAUGUGGCGCACGUAUGGCUGUGGGAGAAGCACUGACCAACUUGGUUUUUGCUAGAGUAUCAGAUUUGAAGGAUGUUAAAUGCAGUGGUAACUGGAUGUGGCCUGCCAAACUACCAGGUGAGGGAGCUGCUCUGUAUGAUGCUUGCGCAGCCAUGUGUGAUGUGAUGGCAUCCCUGGGUGUUGCUGUAGAUGGAGGGAAAGAUUCCCUCAGCAUGGCUGCAAGGGUUGGUCAAGAUACAGUCAAAUCUCCGGGGUCGCUGGUCAUUUCAGUGUAUGCUGCCUGUCCUGACAUUCGUGCCACAGUCACCCCAGAUCUGAAGAUUCCAGAUGGGAAGGGAAACCUUUUGUGGGUCAAAUUUGGCAGCGACUCUAGAUACAGACUUGGAGGAAGUGCCCUGGCACAGGUUUACAAUCAGCUUGGCAGCGAAUCUCCUGAUUUAGAUAACGCUAAGAUUUUUGAAGCCGCGUUCAGAACAACUCAACAGCUGAUAUCGGAGAGAAGAAUCGUCUCUGGCCACGAUGUAAGUGAUGGGGGACUGGUCACGACCCUCCUGGAAAUGGCCUUCGCUGGAAAUUGUGGCCUGUCGAUUAACAUCCCAUGCCAAGACAACUUUAAUCCGACGGUGAGCAAGGUGGCCGAUGUUCUUUUCGCUGAAGAACUGGGAAUUGUGGUGGAGGUAAAGGAAGACGAAACUGAGUUUGUCAUGAAUGCUUUCCUUGCAAAGGAUGUUCCUUGCCUGCAGAUAGGAAAGGCUGUCGGAGUGGGAGAGGAUGCAAUGAUUUCCCUUCGGGUCAGAGGCGAGCUCGUGCUGGAGCAGAACAUGGUUGAUCUGCGAGAUAUCUGGGAGGCCACAAGCUUUCAGCUCGAGCGAUUGCAGACAAAUCCACGGUGUGUCCAGGAAGAGGAAUUUGGUCUUCGAAAGAGACACGCACCAGAUUACAAACUGUCAUUCAAACCUGUUCCUGCAUCUCCACUGGGUGAUGUCCGUCCUAAAGUAGCCAUUAUACGAGAAGAAGGCAGCAAUGGCGACAGAGAAAUGGUGGCAAGCUUUCACAUGGCAGGGUUUGAAGCAUGGGAUGUUACCAUGCAUGACCUCUGCAAUGGAUCCAUGAAGCUGGAUGGAUUCCGUGGUGCCGUGUUCGUGGGUGGCUUUAGCUAUGCAGACGUGCUUGGCUCCGCAAAAGGCUGGGCUGCAGUGUGUAACAUAAACAGCACUGUGCGCUCACAGUUAGACGCCUUUUUCUCCCGGGAAGACACUUUCAGUUUGGGAGUAUGCAAUGGCUGUCAGCUGAUGGGCUUGCUGGGCUGGGUGGGGCGGGAUGCCCAUACGACAGGAUCCAAUCAGGGUGUUUGCUUUACUCACAAUGUUUCAGAACGCUUUGAAUCUCGUUUCGUGACGGUUUCCAUCCAAUCCAGUCCAGCCAUGAUGUUCCGUGGUAUGGAGGGGUCUGUCCUUGGUAUCUGGGUUGCACACGGUGAAGGACGAAUCCAAUUCCGCAACGACAGUGUGCUUCAGGAUGUCACUACCAACAAGCUAGUUCCCCUGUGCUUCGUGGAUGACGACGGUGUUCCAACCACUCAGUACCCGCAGAAUCCCAACGGAUCCCCGCAGGGUAUGGCGGGACUGUGCUCUCCGGAUGGCCGACAUCUGGCGAUGAUGCCUCAUCCCGAGAGAUGCACAUUGUUGUGGCAGUGGCCUUGGAUGCCGCCUGAUUGGCAGGACUCACUGAAAGCAUCACCUUGGCUUCAGAUGUUCCAAAAUGCUUACAAAUGGUGCAUGGAGACACAUAGCGGAUAAACUUUUCUUAAGGUUCGAUUUACAUUUAAUGUUUGUUCACCUUGAAUAUCGUUGUGUAAAUGGCGAAUGAGAUAGGAUGGACUAUUGGAGACGUUAUGUUGUGUGGGAUUAGUUGGCUCGGGGAUAGACGUAAGUGCUAAAAACCUUGCCAAGAAAAUUUAAUCUCGUACCCAAAUCUUUCGUAAGUGUUAAAUCAACGCUUGAAACUCGAAAAUCGCACACAAAAUUCCAUUUUCAAAAACGUCGUGGAAGAGAUAUCGUCGAAAAAUUCCUAGGUGUGAAGUCUUUCCCACCAGCUUUUCUGAUGGUCCAUCCCUAAAUAACGGCUUAUUGCUUUGAAGAAAAUUACAGCUUCUUCAUGUAGAUAGUGUGACGAGUUCUUUUCUGCAUGUAAGCUGUUGUGUCCCUCUGUGUAUAUUUUGCUGUCCAGGAGAAUGGAACGUUUAAUUCAGCAGGGACAUUGUCACCCGUUGGCACAUUUCCUAACUACAUUAAAUAAGUUAUUUAGCCCUCUGCAAGUCUUUUCCUUGAAGUUAGCUUGUGGAACUCAAAAGUUAAGCAACUAGUUUGGGAUAUCAGACUUCAGGUGAGAGCAGUUUUGAUUGGGUGUUGAAAGUAAUCUAGGAUUCCUUUUUUUUGGUACUGCGCGACGUGAUUGGUUCAUAAACAGGACGCUAUUAUCUCAACCAAUCAGGUGUUAAAUGGAAACCAAUCAUGACUUUUUCAUCCGCGUUUUCCCGUGCCACGCCUCAAGAUUACUUUGGUUUUAUUUUUACAACUCUCCUUUAAAAUGUAAUCCAUCACUACUUAUUCGAAUCUUGUGGAUCACUAAGAAUAUUUAU